AUGGGCUCGAAGCAGCAGCCGGCGCUCCGGCCGAGCUCCACUGACGGAGGCUGCGGCGGCGACGGCAGGGCGGCGUCGGUGAGUGAGCGGUCGAGCGUGACCAACGCGUCCUUCAGGGUGUACUACAGCCUGCGCGCCGGCGCCGUGCCGUUCGUCUGGGAGUCCGCGCCCGGCACGCCAAAGAGAGGUGCGGCCGCCGUCUCCCCGGAGUCGUCCCUCUCCGCCAGUACCAAAGCGACCAGCGGCGGAGCUGCCGACGCUGGUGUUGCUACGGUGCUGCCUCCGCCCCCCUCGCCGCCGCCGUCGUACCAGUCGCCGUUCCAUGGGAAGGGGAGGAGGCCGUCCUGGACGGCGACGCCGGGAGGCAUUGUGAGGGCAUUGCUUGGCGUGCUUGGGCUCAGGAAGAGACACCGCCGGUCGCGCCGGCGCCCCGACAUGUCAUGUCUUUGA